AUCUGCGAAUUAAUUAAUUAUCGAAUAUUUUAGACACGGGGUUAUGGUGAUGGCCCCCAUCACCGGGAAACAGGUAACUGUGUAGUGUACUUCGCAUUUUGCAAAACCAAACACCGUCUCGAUGGCGGCGUCGCGAAUCGUAGCCCAUCCUCCGUCCUAUCUCAGCCGUCAAUCUCCGCCGUCGGACGCCGUGCCGUCCCUCAACCUCACACUUCACCCAAAACGGUACCGUAACCUGGCCGACGUCGUUUCCAGAGAUCCACUCGCUCUUCCUCGGCCUUUGACAUCGACUCAGUUAUCUGCUUCAGUUUCCGAUGGUUCUCGGCUUCGUGUUGCGUAUCAGGGGGUUCGCGGUGCUUACAGCGAGUCAGCAGCACAGAAGGCCUAUCCAAAUUGUGAAGCUGUGCCUUGUGAACAGUUUGACACUGCUUUUGAGGCUGUUGAAAGGUGGCUUGUGGAUAGAGCAGUUUUGCCAAUUGAGAAUUCUUUAGGAGGGAGCAUCCAUAGAAAUUAUGAUCUUUUACUCCGGCACAGUUUACAUAUAGUAGGAGAAGUAAAAUAUGCAGUCCGUCACUGUUUGAUGGCCAACCAUGGUGUUAAACUUGAGGAUUUGAAGCGGGUUCUAAGUCACCCACAGGCUCUUGCUCAAUGUGAGAACACACUAACAAAAUUCGGAUUGGUGCGAGAAGCAGUUGAUGACACAGCUGGUGCUGCUAAGCAUGUCGCCUUCCACAAACUACAAGAUGCAGGAGCAGUUGCUAGUUCUGCUGCUGCAAAGAUCUAUGGCUUGAAUAUACUUGCUCAGGACAUUCAGGAUGAUAGUGAUAAUAUCACCCGAUUUUUAAUGCUAGCACGAGAACCUAUAAUUCCGGGCACUGAUAGGCCAUUUAAGACAAGCAUAGUGUUUUCUUUAGAAGAGGGUCCAGGGAUACUUUUCAAGGCCCUUGCUGUUUUUGCUUUGCGUCAGAUUAACCUAACAAAGAUUGAGAGUCGUCCUUUGCGUAACCAACCUCUAAGAGCAUCAGAUGAUAGCAACAAUUCCAAGUACUUUGAUUAUCUUUUCUAUGUUGAUUUUGAAGCAUCAAUGGCUGAUCAGAGUGCACAAAAUGCCCUAAGGCAUCUAAAGGAAUUUGCUACAUUCUUGCGAGUGCUAGGGAGCUAUCCUGUGGACACCAGCACGUAAAUAAUCUUCAAAAGAUGACUCCUAAGUAUAAUUACUGUUGUUUGCGGUUGUCAAAUCAUGUUAAUGAAUGUAGAGAGCUUACGUUGUUUCUAUACAAAAUAUAAACAAAAAGUUGUAUCAAAUGUACAAGGUUCUUAAAAUUUUGAUGGGCCUCCGUUGCCCUUUAUUUUCUCACAGCUAGCUAACAAUGAAUAGACAUUUUCCCCCUACGUUAGUUCAAAUAUUUAUUUUCAUUGUU